GCCAUAUUAACAGCGAACCGUGACUUUAGACAUCAAAUGUCUUCUGUCCCUCGGAUAUCAGUCCCACGAUAUUAUGCUCCGUUGUACUAUAUUCUUGUGUCUAUGAUAAGUACACAAUUUAUACGUGCCCUGUAUUUACGUAUCAUUCUGUGCGUUCCAUGUAUCCGCCAUAUACUGUUCUAACGUUUCCAAAAAUGGAUAUCUUCAUCUAAUUUAACUAGGAAAUCGCGUGUGAGUUAAUUACGUGUUGGCGCAAUUUGCGUGACGCGUCGAUGAAAACAUGUUUCUGGUUCGGAGGUUACACGUAUCGCGAUGAUUUAAUUGUGAAAAUGACAUAAAUCAUAUUGCGCGUGUUUUCUAUAUAAAGGUGGGAGAGAGGGAAAAGACAGAGAAAGAGAGGGUGAAGGAGAGAGAAAGAGAGAGAGAGAAAGGAAGAGAGAGAUGUGUCGGUGGAUAAAUUACUACAAUUUGCUUAAUAGCUAAUAGACUCAAAAUUACUGGUAUGCUUUUACGAUUCGCUCAUGAUGUCCGUAUACGCGACGAUACUGCCUUUCAUCUUCUUGGGAUUAUUAGAAAUUACAUUUGGGAAAGAUAUUAAAGGCUCAGCCUUUUGCGAAUUUUACAAUGAAACCAUGUGUGCUGAGUCUCAACAAGGAUGUUCAGGAAAAGAGGAAUGUGUUCUACAUGAUCCAGACAAGCGGAAUCAUUGUUAUGUACUAUGGCAAAUUGACAAUGUCACCAAAAAAUCGAUAAUUAAGUUGAAAGGUUGCUUUUUAGAUAGCAAUGAUUGUUACGAUAAGCCAAAGUGUAUCGAGAAUACGGAAAGAAGGAAGGAUUUAUUUUUUUGUUGCUGCGAUGGUAAUAUGUGUAAUGAAGAUUUUUCUUUCGAACCACUUCCGACUUUACCCUCCAAGCCUACACAGCCAUCUGUUAUUCAUGAGUCUGAACCAGUCCCUGAUGAAAAACAGCCAAUAACAAUAUUAAUAUCAAUAUUAAUUACAACACUUUUCAUAUCAAUUAUUGUGUUGUUUUCUUUAUGGUACUAUCGUCGUCAGAAAUCGGGUGAUUUUAACGAGUUACCAACAGGGGAACCUCCGUUGCCAGAAUCGUCACCUAAUCUGGGUUUACGACCGAUACAACUUCUUGAGAUUAAAGCUCGGGGCCGCUUCGGAGCAGUUUGGAAAGCUCAAUUGAAGCAUGAGAUUGUGGCAGUUAAAGUUUUUCCCAUUCAGGACAAGCAGUCUUGGCAGACUGAACAAGAAAUUUUUAAGCUUGCACAUAUGGAUCAUGAAGAUAUAUUACGUUUUAUAGGAGUUGAGAAGCGUGGUGAUAAUUUACAAGCUGAAUUUUGGUUAAUUACAGCAUUUCAUGAAAAAGGUUCAUUGUGCGAUUACCUGAAAGCAAACGUUGUGACAUGGCCUGAGAUGUGUAGAAUCGCAGAAUCUAUGGCAAGAGGUUUAAUGCAUCUACACGAAGAAAUCCCCGCUAAUAAAGCAGACGGUUAUAAACCUGCUGUAGCUCAUAGGGAUUUUAAGUCAAAAAACGUCUUGCUAAAAGCUGACAUGAGUGCCUGUAUAGCAGAUUUUGGUUUGGCACUUAUCUUUCACCCAGGAAAGCCUUGUGGCGACACACAUGGACAAGUUGGGACACGAAGAUAUAUGGCACCAGAGGUGUUAGAAGGGGCAAUAAAUUUUACUAGAGACUCAUUUUUACGGAUUGACAUGUAUGCAUGUGGGUUAGUGCUGUGGGAAUUAGCUUCGAGAUGUACUGUACAAGAUGGACCAAUAGGAGAAUAUCGUCUACCAUUUGAAGAUGAAGUUGGACUUCAUCCCACUCUAGAAGACAUGCAAGAAAGUGUUGUUCAUAAAAAGGAAAGGCCUCUCAUUUUAGAAACUUGGCGUAAACAUUCAGGACUUUUAUCAAUUUGUGAUACAAUGGAAGAAUGUUGGGAUCACGAUGCCGAAGCACGUCUUUCUGCCUCGUGCGUAAUGGAACGAGUUGCUACUCUCAGUAGAGCUCUUAUAUUAAAUUCAUCUACUUUGAUUCGAGUUGAUCAUACCAACGAGAUUAUUACUACCAAGGAAUCUAGUAUGUAGUUAGUGUCUCUAUACAUUAUUAUAGUUUUAGUUAUAUUGCACAACCAUUUUGUAUCAUAAUUUUGUUAUACGUAACAAUGAGGAAUGUUGAAACAACAGUAAAAAAAAAAAAAACCAGCA